GUACGUGCAUGUGUGUGUGUUUCUGCUCAGGUAGUUACUGCAGUGCUUCUCUGCGGCUCUUCUCCUGGGCCUUGUCCCAAACCGCUCACUCGCUCCCUACACAGUGCUAAUCUAGAAGACUGAAAUGACUAAAAUGCGCAGCAGUUUAAUGACAUUUGCUGCUCGGUCGCGACAUAGAAUCUUUAUAAUGUCAUCGGAAUCGUCAGAGACAGUAUGUUCAGCUCGCAGGGCACCGAAUGAGGCGGACUAUUUAGUAUGUUAACAGGCGAAUUGGGACGCAGCCGCCGCCUGACAGAGUCCCGCAGAGAAGCUGAUGGAAGGAGGCAAGUUGUGAGAAAAAGAAGAAGGCGGGAUUUAAUGUCCUCUUAAUAAAGGGCUAAUUUAUAUAAGAUGGCAGAUUCCGGCCCGUUUAGAGGUCUGCCCCGGAUCCGGAGGGCUGCGGCCUCAAUUCCUGGAAAUCUGCAUCUGGUUCUGGUUCUAAGGCCCAAAAACCAGUCUCAAGGCACUGGCACAGACCUGGGCUUCCGCUUCUGUCAGGAUGACUUCACUAUUAAAUUGCCUGUGAUCAUGCUGAGUUCAGUCACUGAUCUGCUGCGUUAUAUUGAUGAGAACCAGUUGAGCACUGAUUUCAGUGGAACUUUCGAGUGCUGCUCCACAGACUGGAUUGUCCUGAGGACGGCGAUAGAGAGUUUUGCAGUGAUGGUGAAGGAUGUUGCUCAGCUGCUGCAGGUGUUUGGGACCGAACUGGCUGAGACUGAACUGCCAGAGGAACCGAACGCCAUCGAAUACCUGCUCCGCUCUCACACUGACAAAUACAGGCAGAUGAAGGAUGAUAUCCGCUCAGUGAUGAAGGAGGGACGUCAGAUCCUGUCUAAUUUGGAAGCAGUUAAAAAGACAGAGGACAGAGACAUCGCUCAGGACAGCAACACUGUACAGAGGCUCCUGACCCAGCUCAGGGACAUGGAGAUGGCAUUUGAUGGGUUCUUUGAGAAACACCACCUGAAACUGCAGCAGUAUCUGCAGCUGCUUCGCUACGAGCUGAGCUUUCAUGAGAUGGAGAUGAAGCUGGAAGAUCUGAUUGGUCGAGAGAAAGCGAUACCUUCUGCAGGUGUGACAGCAGCUCAGACACAACAACUCAUCGCAGAAUUACAAACUUUUGACUCCAUCGCUGAGGAAGAGAUGGGUCGUGCUCAGAUUGUCAUCCUUCACGGUCAUCAGUUAGCGGCGAGUCAUCACUACGCUCUGGCUCUUAUUGUCCAGCGCUGUAAUGAGCUGCGUCAUCACUGUGACACACUAACCACUGCUCUACGCAACAAACACACCUCACUUACACAAGCACAAACUCUACAACUGCACCUCGAGGAGGCGGUGCGUUGGUGUGAUGAGAGCGUGUAUCUGCUGGCAAGUCAGAUGGUUGAUAAGUUCCAAUCUAAAGAAGGAGCUCAGGAAGCUCUGAAUGAUAUACAGAGACUGCUGGAGGCCAAACCAGCACUCAGCUGCACAACUGAUACAUGCACACCUGAGACACAGGCUCAGGUAACAGCUGUGAUGGAGAAGUUCUCCUCAGUGCAGGUGAUGCUGGAGAACAGACAGGCAUGUUUGCGUAAACUCACCUGUGUUCAGGUGAGACCCAUCCAGCCUGUCUCCCCAAGACCAGAGAGCCCAACCCGCCUCAAAUCCCCGCUGUUCUCCCCCAAACACAGUUUUGAUGUGAACUCCAGUCUUAAGUUCUCAUUUGAUCUCUCGCUCCCGGGAAAGAAAAAUGCACGCAAGAACAACUGCAACAAGAAGAUUGAGGUGGUGCACGAGGAGAGUCAUGGGGUUGUGUGUCCAGAAGCAGAGGGACCAGACAACUCUGAACAACAUAGAUGUCAUGUUAUGAAGGAGCUGAUUGACACAGAGAAGGUUUACGUGGAGGAAUUGCUCAGUGUUCUACUGGGUUAUCGAGCUGAGAUGGAUAACCCUGCUCUGUCUCACCUACUGCCAUUGGAGCUGAAAGACAAGAAGGAGGUUUUAUUUGGAAAUCUGCCAGAAAUUUACAAAUUCCACUGCAGGAUAUUUGUUCAGGAUCUGGAGAGUUGCCUAGAGACUCCAGAGAGAGUUGGAGCAAGAUUUCUCGAGAGAAAGGAGAAUUUUCAGGUGUAUGAGCGUUACUGUCAGAAUAAACCUCGCUCAGAGGCGAUGUGGAGGCAGUGCGCAGACUCUCCAUUUUUCCAGGAAUGUAAGAGAAAAGUGAAGCACAAACUGGAUUUGGAUUCAUAUUUACUGAAACCUGUUCAGCGUCUAACCAAAUAUCAGCUCUUACUGAAGGAGCUGCUGAAGCACAGCACACACUCGCAGUACGUGUGUGAACUCCAAGAUGCACUAAACGUCAUGUUGAACCUCCUCAAAUCUGUUAAUGACUCCAUGCACCAGACUGCCAUCACUGGAUAUGAGGGUGACCUGUGUGAUCUGGGCCGGUUGUUAAUGCAGGGAUCGUUCAGUGUGUGGAUGAGCAGGAAGUCAUCACGUGUGAAGGACAUGGCUCGGUUUAAACCCAUGCAGAGACACCUGUUCCUCCACGAGAGGGCGCUGCUGUUCUGUAAAAGACGUGAGGAGAAUGGAGAUGGAGCUGACCGCACCGCCUCCUACAGCUUUAAACACUGUCUCAGGAUGAGUGCUGUGGGGAUCACAGAGAACAUCAAAGGAGAUGUAAAGAAGUUUGAGAUCUGGUACAGUGGGAGAGAGGAGGUGUAUGUAGUGCAGGCCCCAACAGUUGAGGUGAAGUCAGCUUGGCUCAGUGAGAUCAGAAAAAUCCUCACAAGUCAUAAAAAAUCUGCUCAAGGUGAAGGUCAAAGUGUUGUAGACGCUCUCUCUCCUCUGCUGGUGAACAGUAUGGAGAGGGUGUCGGCCUGCAUGCCCUGGAGUCCCGCCCCCAUCGCAGGCUGCUCAGGUUGUUUUGAUAUCCCUCCUAACAGUAAGGGGGCGCCGGUGCACUCGGACGAGUCAGGGAGCUCUAGUCCAGUUCUUACGGACCCUGUGAUGUUCUCACCUCGACCCCAGAACCGCAACCGCCGCAGUUGGCCAGGAACCUCAAACUCCAUGGAUAUUUGUGAGACUUUAGAGGAUUGGACCACUGACCUGUCUUUCAUCUCUGACUCAGAUGAGGAAGAUGAUGUCCUGCUGGUUGCUGGGAAAUACCGAGCCCUGGUGGAUCACCUGAAGUGUGGGAAAGAUGAGGUCAUCAUCAAACAUGGUGAUGUCAUCCACUUACUGCAGGAGAGCACAGCAGGCCUGUGGCACGUCAAAAACCUGACACGUGGAGGUGAGGGGCAACUCCCAGCUGAUGCCCUGCACGUAAUACUGGGUAAUGUAGACAGGAGUCAUGUGAUCAGACCCAGGCGUGAACUUACAGUACAGGAAAUAUAAGAUCAUGAGAUCCUCCAUGUUUAAGGAAACAUCUACAUUAUUGUCCAGCGUGAAGACACACACAGAACAUCCAGCUGUAAAACAUACCACAUUCUCUGGACUGCAGUUGUGUGUGUGUGUGUGUGUGUGUGUGUGUGUGUGUGUGUGUGUGUGUGUGUGUGUGUGUGUGUGUGUGUGUGUGCUGAAGCCUUUUGUUCUAUAUGAGGUGUUUAGGAUGAACCUUUAGAUAUAAAGUAAUUCAUGUUGUGUAACCAGUUCAGAGGUUAAUGAUGUGGUUCAUCUAAAGGUCUACAUGAGGUCCAGAAAAUAGAGUAAACAAAGGACACCUUUCCUUUUGUCCCCUGUCCCACUCAGUGUCCACUUCCUAUAAACACUUAACACUCCUGUUUAUAGAGCACACCUUCAUCACCCCAGUCCUCCUCUUCAUCACUACAUCAGCAGUGUGUUUAUUAGCGAUUUCUGCAUCCAGGACCUUCAUGAGAACUUCUGGAAGAAACCGUGGUGCACAUUUCACAACAGAGUCCCAUUAACCUCAGCGUGAAGUGAGCCGUGUGUGUGUGUGUGUGUGUGUGUGUGUGUGUGUGUGUGUGUGUGUGUGUGUGUGUGUGUGUGUGUGUUCUGCUGUUUUUUCUGUUUGUCCAGAGAUUUACAGAUCACAGACGUCUCUACAGGAUGUGACAGAAUGAAGUGUAACACUUCACACCACACACCAACACCACACCAACACCACACCAACACCACACACCACACCAACAUCACACACCACACCAACACCACACACCAACACCACACCAACACCACACCAACACCACACACC